AUGUCGGAGUAUUUUCGAAAGUAUAUCAAAAAAGAGCAUUAUGCCAACCAUUAGUACUAGUUUAUGAAUUAAUUGUAGCUCAAACCUUAAAUUCAAAACUUCUUUCAGAAAUUGCAUAUUGGAAGUAUUUAACAAUUAUUAAAUCAGGCGUUUAAAAGAAGAUUAUGGAAGGAGACAGAUGGGGAUGAUUGGGACAUAAUGUGGGCUGAGAAGGAAUGGAUUCAUGAAGUAAUGGAUCAUACUCAUCUUUAAUCUAAUCAAAAAAUCAAUCAUUUCAGGAAUCAUUACGAAGUAUACACAAACUAAUAAUUAGUUAACUAGAAAAGAUCUCAUGAUUAAGAAUUUUAAAAGGUAUAAGAAAAAUUUAGAAAGAGAAGGGAAAAAUGAAGAAGCUAAUAAGUAAUUACUGCAUUAAUUAAUACAGUUAUAAUUUCUUCCCUCUAACUUUCCACUUGCCCAGCGAAUACCCCAUAUUUUUUGAAGAAUUCAAAAGGUAAUCCAACAACGGUGAUACCAAAACAGCUUGGAUUAUGAAGCCUGUACUAUUAUUAUAUUUAUUGUUAAGAUUGGUAAAUCUCAAGGAAAAGGCAUAUUCAUCUUCAACAAAAUCCAACAAAUAUCCCAAUGGAAGAACACUCUAAGAUAUAAUUAAGAUAAUCCUUAGGCUGAAGCCUAUAUAGUUUAAAAAUACAUAGCAGACCCUCUCCUUAUUGGAGGAAAGAAAUUCGAUAUGAGAAUAUAUUUGCUAUGCACAUCCUAUUAGCCCUUGACAUUAUACUUGUAUAGGACGGGCUUUGCAAGAUUUACACAUCAUCGUUAUGAUAAUGAAGAUAUUUCGAAUACAUGUAUUUAUAUUGAUAAUCAAACUCCUUAGAUGUUCAUUUAACCAAUGUGGCCAUUCAGAAGACAUCUGACAAUUAUGACGAAAAACUUGGUGGAAAGUGGAAUUUAUAAACCCUUAAACUCUAUUUGAUGACUAAAUAUGGCUAAGAAAAGGUUGCAGAAACCUUUUAUAAUAUUUAAAUGCUUAUGAUUAGAUCACUUCAAGCAGUUCAAAAGAUUAUUAUAAAUGACAAGCAUUGCUUUGAGUUAUAUGGGUUCGAUAUUUUAUUGGAUGCACAACUAAAACCAUGGCUUUUAGAAGUAAAUGCUAGGUAUUUAAUCAAAUCUAAAUUUAAGUCCUUCUAUGACAUCUAAUACUCCUGUAGAUUUUGAAUUGAAGUGUGGUUUAUUGGAUGAUGUAUUUACAAUAAUUGAUUUGGAGAAAGUGUUGACAGGAAAUGAAGAAUAAAUCGGAGGAUUUGAUUUGAUAUGCAAAGGAACUCCAAUCAAAUUACCUAUUAAUAGCACAUUCACUACUUACUUAGGGGCAUUUAACAACAGGUAGCAAUAAUUAAAGAAAAUUGCCAAAUCUACAGCAAUCAGAUUGGCUUAGACAUAUUAGGAAGGCCAAACCAAAGCCAUUGAAGUCGGAUCUAAAGGGUAAAAAGAGAAGGAGGAAAAAGAUAAAUAAAUGAGAAGUUCAUCUAAAGGACCGUAAGUUAUGCAAGUACUUUAUUAUUUUAUUUUAGAAUGGAGUUAAUGGAAGCAUUAAAACUACUAAUUAAUCCAAAUAAAAUACGAUAGUAAAAAGAAAUACUACUAAUUUGCCUGCCUUAGGAACUGUGCAAAAUAAGAGUAAUAUCAAAAGAUAUCCAUUAUAAAAUGCUGGUUAAUAAUCAUAACCAAUUUAGUAGUCAUAAUCUAAUUCUAGCAAAAAGUAAAUUAUCUAUUUAGUUAGAAAUAAUCCCAAUGAAGAUUCAAUGUUAAGUGCAAAUCAGAAGCUACAAAAAUUAACAUAAGAAAGUAAAAUAAAUUAGUUUUAACCUUAUAAAUAAUAAUCAUAAUACAACGAUGUCAUGGGCAUGGGCUCUAGAAAUCUUUAAAAAAACGAAGAAUGA